AUGGGAAACAACUCUCUUUGGGAUAAUCUGAACAGCACCUGCAGCAAUGCAGGCAACAGCUGCUACCUGGACAACAACAUGCGGUUCAAUUUAACCUUCCAAGAGCAGGCAGCUGAUUUCUACGUUGUCCUCCCUGUGAUUUACUCUGUGAUCUGUGCUGUUGGGCUCACAGGCAACACUGCUGUCAUCUACGUGAUCCUCAAGGCCCCCAAGAUGAAGACUGUGACAAACAUGUUCAUCCUGAACCUUGCUAUAGCUGAUGACUUGUUCACGCUUGUCUUGCCCAUUAAUAUUGCUGAACACCUCCUCCACUACUGGCCCUUUGGAGAAGUCCUCUGCAAGGCCAUCUUGUCCAUAGAUCACUACAAUAUCUUCUCCAGCAUUUAUUUCCUAACAGUGAUGAGUAUAGACAGGUAUCUGGUAGUACUGGCUACAGUCAGGUCCAAGAGGAUGCCACAUCGCACAUACCGAGCGGCCAGGAUUGUCAGUCUGUGCAUCUGGAUCCUGGUCACCAUCAUAGUUCUCCCCUUCAUCAUCUUUGCCAAUGUCUACAUAGAUGACCUGGAGAUCAAGAGUUGUGGUCUCAAUUUCCCCAAGCCUGAAAGAUUUUGGUUCAAAGCCAGCAGGAUCUAUACCCUCAUCCUUGGCUUUGCCAUUCCAGUAUCCACCAUCUGCAUCCUCUACACCAUGAUGCUCUACAAGCUACGGAACAUGCACUUGAACUCUAAUGCUAAAGCCCUGGACAAAGCCAAGAAGAAAGUCACUAUUAUGGUCUUCAUAGUCCUGGCUGUGUGUCUCUUCUGUUGGACCCCCUUCCACUUGGCCACCAUUGUGGCUUUGACCACUGACUUGCCCCAGACCUCCAUGGUCAUUGGUAUAUCCUACUUCAUCACCAGCCUAAGCUAUGCCAAUUCAUGCUUGAAUCCUUUCUUGUAUGCUUUCCUGGAUGACAGUUUUCGGAAAAGUUUCCGGAAGAUGCUGGAAUGCAGAACUUCUUGA